AUCACCUUUUGCAUCGUUGCUCUCUUUGUUCCCCUUUUCCGUGUCUCUUCGAGUAACAAGACUUUAAACAGUCUCCUUUUCAGUUACAAUAAUUAAACGAUGAUGCUUGCGUUGGAAGAUGUUUUGAGCGAGCUCGCUGGAGAAGUAAACGACAGAGGAUUACCACCAGGCUUCCGGUUUCACCCGACAGACGAAGAGCUCAUAACUUUCUACUUAGCUUCCAAAGUCUUCCAUAGAGGUCUCUGUGGCAUUCACAUCGCUGAAGUUGAUCUCAAUCGCUGCGAACCUUGGGAACUUCCAGAAAUGGCGAAGAUGGGAGAGAGAGAGUGGUACUUUUACAGUUUAAGGGAUAGGAAGUAUCCGACGGGGCUAAGGACUAAUAGAGCCACUACUGCUGGAUACUGGAAGGCCACCGGAAAAGAUAAGGAGAUAUUUUCCGGCGGCGGUGGAGGAGCGCUUGUUGGGAUGAAGAAGACGCUGGUGUUCUACAAGGGAAGGGCUCCACGUGGUCUCAAGAGUAAGUGGGUCAUGCAUGAGCAUCGCCUCGAAACCGACCUUUCACACCGCCACACUUGUAAGGAGGAAUGGGUGAUCUGUAGAGUGUUUAACAAAACAGGAGACAGAAAGAAUGUUGGAAUCCAUAACCAAAUCAGCUACCUCCAUAACACUUCACUAUCAACAACACAACAUCAUCGUCUUGAAAAUUUACCUUCUCUUCUUCAACCUUCCAAAACCCUAACCAACUUUCCACCGCUACUCUACUACGAUGAUACACACCAAAAUUAUAAUGAUAACCUACUCCAUGGAAUAUCAGGCCACAAUGUCGACGAGCUCAAAGCUCUAAUCAACCCUGUUGUGUCUCAGCUCAACGGAGUCCUCAACUCUCCUGAAAGCAACUACUACAACGACGAAGACGACAACUUCGGCGUGAAGACAGAGCAAUAUUCGAACGGUGGCAAUAACGAUCUUGAUGUACGAGAUUACUUAGAGAACCCUCUUUUUCAGGAAGCAGGUUACAGUCUGCUGGGUCUUUCGUCUUCUCCUGGACCUCGUAUGCUAUAUUAAAUUCUCCAUGUCCUUUAGGU